CAGUGGAGCGUAGAAUUGGAGGAACAGGAAAAAGUGUUUUUGAAGCAAGCCGCUCAGGUUAACUCUUGGGAUGAUAUCAUAAGAGAAAAUCAAAAAAAGAUCAUAGAUCUCAGCGACUAUGUAGAAAAUUUAAAAGCCGAUCAAGAUCGCUUAAAUAGUGAACUAGACUUUAUUGACACUCAACAACGGGAGCUAGAGCACUUGCUUUCUCCUUUGGAAACAACUGUCCAGCAACAAUCUAGCUCGUUUGGUUCUCAUCUUAUUGACAAAGAAAGGGAGCAAAUGUAUAGCAGUGCUUGUGAACUUGAUGUGCGCUUACAACAGAUGUGCCACGAUUUAACCGAAGUUAUUGAAAAAUUGAACAAGUGCUAUAGUGGACAAAAUAAUAACCCUAUGCAACAAGUCACUAAGAUUCUCAAUUCUCAUACUGAGGCAUUAAAAUGGAUUGAUAAAAAUGCUGAAUUCUUAAAGAGAAAAGUGGAUAAUGUUGUAAGUCAAUCUGAAAUUAAAAGGAAUGAACAAGAACACAGUUUACGACUCGUAAGUUUAUAA